AUGAAGGUCGUCGUCAUCAGUGGCGGAAGUGCCACCAAUCAUCUUGUCGAGGCCUUCCAAGAACACGAGGUGACCUAUAUCCUUCCAGUGUCUGACAAUGGAGGGUCUAGUGGUGAAUUGAGCAGAGUUUUUGGGCAAUGUCCCAUUGGCGACAUACGCUCGCGGCUUGUGCGGCUUAUGAGGAACGGCUCUGUGCGGCGUCUGAUGGAGAUGCGGCUCUCGAGGAAGGAAGAAGUUGCACAAUUACAGUGGAGAGAGCUACUCAGUGGAGAAGAAUGUAUGUGGAGUGGUGUAUGUCUCCCAAUUAGGGAGGAGAUUUCAGGUGUCCUUAAGAGGGCCAAUGGCAAAAUCAGGGGGACUGAUUACCGGUUCAGUAUGGCGAGUGUGGGGAAUCUCUGCAUUCUUGGAGCUCCAAAGGUAUCUGAGGGACUCCUGUUGCUGCGGCGAUGGGGGGAUGUCCCCCCAAACGUACAUGUUGAAGGAGUACUAGACGUGGACAAGUGCCAAGGUGGGUACGAAUUGGGGGCCUUACUUGCUGACGGGACGCAUAUUUACGGUCAGUCCCAGAUCUCGCAUCCGAGCUCCAAUGGUGAGGAGUUACAUUUCGACAAGCAUGUCUCCUCGCAGCAGUGGUUAACUAGUCCAAUCAAGGACGUCUACUACAUGGGGCUAAAGGACAUACGCCCCUAUGUCAACAAUAAGGUGGUGGAGAGUGUCCGGGAAUGUCACGUUCUUGUGGUGAGUGUAGGAUCUCUAUGGACAAGUUUGGUUCCUGUACUUAAGGUAUUACGUUUACAUAGACAAGACUAUCUUUGCAAGAGUGUGCUAAUUCUCGUCAAUGCCAGACUAGACGCAGAUCGCGAAACGCACUCUCUCACGGGAGAAGAGUAUGUCCACAUUAUAGAAGAAGAGCUCGGGAUGAUCGACACUGCUGCUAGUAAUCAGCCUAAUAGUAACACUAGCUCCAAUGGAAGCAUAUACUCUAGUCGGAAAAUCGUGCUAUACCCGCACACCGACAACGGCCACACAGUGCACGAGGUGCGCAAAACCCUCAACGCGCUCGCCCCGCGCGAAAGGGAGGGCUAG